CUUAGGACAAAAUGGUCGCAUACCCAACAUCUCCACAUUCAGUACGAAUGCAGCGCAGUGCACUGUACGACUGAGUUCAAAAUAUCCGUUUCGUACAAGUGCACUGCACCGCUUGCGUACAGAAUGCUGGGUAUGGGGCUAUGCGACCAUUUAGUCCUACAUUGUAAGGGUACUCAAACAUCCUUUACGAGCGGCUCUAUAACUUAAAGGGGUCAGAUCCUCUAACUUGUAGCUCCGCCUCUGCACUGCCAUUGGACGAAAGGCUCUAUAAUUUUCCUCUCUUUAACUUAAAGUCCUUUAACUUAAAGUACCGAAAUCGUUACUUUUCGGUAUAGGGCCCGCUGAGUUUGAAAUCGCUAGUGCAAACUGAAACCGAUCCUGCAUCUAAUGUGCAGAUAUCUUUUGCGGACUACUGAAAUUUGUUUUCAAUGGUUUUAGACUUUCUGUCCUCCUGUGAAGUGGGAUGCGUAAACACCCAUUCACACCUAUUUCAUCAUUAACCGAUUUAGAGAAAUAUGAUUGGCUAGUGAGAGUUAAAGGGAAAUCGCAUCUAUAACUUAGAGAGCCGUUCGUAAAGGAUGUUUGAAUACCCUUACUACUAAGUACUAACCUAAUGUCGAUAAAACCACCCGUUAUACAAAGACGAACCCUAACCAGGUCCACGACAGAAUGCUGGAAGAAAUUCGUAAUGAAAAAAGUUUGAGAGGAAAUCUGACCAUAGAGGAGCAGGAACUGGACAGCUUUUUGGAUGAAUAUCUGACAUCUGCAUAUGCAAAAUAUGUUGAGGUUAUGAAGGACAACGAAAUAAAAGGAAUAAAGAAGGUUUACAUGCAAGGGCUCAAUGCGGAAGAAGGAGGCCGAAUCUCACUGGGAUAUAUGGCCAAAUUACUUCCGGUUGAAUUGGGGAUUUUUGUCCUGUUCAGAUCCGAAAGUCGCACGAAAACCGCUGUUGAAUUUAUGGAGAUUUGGAAGAAAUACGACAAGGAUUUAAGCGGCUAUAUAGAUGCCAAUGAGUUCACGCUCCUCUUGGCGGAAAUGCUUCGCAAUAAUGCCUCCCCAUCGGAAAAGAUUGAUUGCUCCAAGGCUCGUGAAUACGCAGAGGCAUUCCUGCCCUUUUUUGACGUUAAUGGAGAUGGCAACCUUGGACUCAAUGAAUUAGCAAGGCUGCUCCCUUCCAGGGAAAAUUUUGUUCAGGCGGCUGUGGACAAGGCGUUUUCUCUUGAGGGCUUGAAGCCGAAAGACAUUCAAUCAUUACUGGAAAAAUAUGACAAACAGGACGUAAAUGGCUCUUUAGAAGGUAAUGAGCUAUCGGCGUUCGUGCGCGACAUCCUGGCGGCCUCCAACAGCGAUUACACUGCUCAGGACGUGAAAGAUUUCGAAAAAGUGAUUAUGAAAGUCUGCGAUACCGACGCCAACGGGUCAAUCGAUGCAAAAGAACUGAACUUGAUUAUCACUUCAAUUGCCCAGGCCAAAAGGAAAGGUGGAGAUGGGAUAAAAAAUUUCUACGCUGCAACCUGCAGCAAGAAGUAGCCUGCGGUUUGCAAACGAAUUUUUUACAAUGCAAAGCACAGUACACUGGUUUUACAAUAGGGAUUGCUGCACGGUUUUUUGUUGUAACGCUAAAGCUGUAUACUCAAUCGUGGUCAGCAUGUUGAACAGGAUAUUAUGUAAUACUCGUAAUAUUGUACGUAUGAUGGAAGUUGUCCGAUUAAGAUGUUUCGGUUUUCAUGGUUUGUUUUAUCUUACAAGUUGCGUUUAUGGAUUUUCAACGAUUAUCUAAAAAGGUAUGCUGCUA